CAAUUUCUUCUCCCUCAAAACCCUAAGUCUCUCUCUCUCUCUCUCUCUCUCUCUCUCUCUCUCAAUGUGUAUAAGCAGCAUGCACGCGUCUCGGAAUUGAUUCUCUCUCUCUCUCUCUCUCUGUCCCUAGCCUCUUCCUUCGAUCGUGCGGCCAGCAAAGAGACGAUUCAAAAGGUUUGAUUUAUUAUUAUUUCUCGAACAUGCAUUGCUUCAGACGAGCUUUUCUCUGAUCCUCCGCUGCUUUGCCGUUUUCAUCUUUCUCUGAGAGCUCCGCUCCUUUGUCGACUGUUCUUCGCAGUAAAUCGCGCUGAUGCUUCUGCUGCCUGCUCCUCCUUCCUCUGUACGCUCUGCCUGCCGCAUUCCAUUUCGAUUGUUUUCUUUUCCAAACCGGUUCUCGAUACAUUCUACUUUCGAUAGCGAGAAGUUGCUUUCCGAAACAUUCAUGGAUUAUUUUCCUCUUUUUGUUAUUCGUGUGAGAAAUCGAGGCUUUGAGACUUGAGUUUUUUCUUUCUACUUAGCUGUCAGCGUUUCUGCUUUUAUGCUUUCCUUCUGCUUGUUCUAUUCCGAGUGGAUCACCGUCUAUAUGGCUAUUAUGGGGCUAGUGACCUCGUGAGGCGCGAGUCUCGAUGAGCCCGAAGUCAAAUCCUUACCAGUUGUUCUUUAUAAAUUUUGGCGGUAGUUCUUCUUGACUGAUUUGAUUGGUAUAUUGAUGUUAAUGUAUCUCCAGAAUGUUCCGUAUAUAUGCGCGCAUAGCUUAUUCGUGUUCCUACUACUAAUGCAGAGAUUUUGGUACGAAUGAGGUCAACACUUCAACUUCAUAGUCAUUUCAUCUGUUGAUCGAGGCUUCUGCUUCUGGCGGCGUAGGGUUUCGGAAGCUCAAGUUUCUGAGUCGAUCUAUCCGAGUCAACUCGGUUUGUGGGAGUGAGUCUAGUGACCAGUUUGACGCGAGAUAAUUGCUUCUGGGAAUCGCUUUUGAAGCGAUUUUUGUUACAGGGAGUCGUUCCGCCUUUCGCAAAAUUCUGCUACUACGAGUUCCGAUGAGCAUUAUUUGUGAUUUUUGUGGUUCAAUGCUGAGAAAUCCAUCAUUGAGGCGGCGUAUCGCUUUGGUUGCAGCGACAUUUGCGGUCGGGAUACUGAUGAUUGAGUUUUAUGCAGGUCAGCGUUUUGAUCAUCGUUCUCUGAAUCAGGAGGGUGGCAAGGCCUCUCUCUCUGCACUGCACCGAAAACUCCUCCAUCGCGCGGAAGUGGAACCGAAUCGGAUAUGGGGAGGCAAAUGUUCGAAAUCGGAUAUAGUGAUAAACCAGGGCGCCACUGAACCACUCCCCAGUGGCAUCCCCACCUACACUGUGGAGAUCAUGAACGUGUGCGUCACCGGCUGUGACAUCUCCGCCAUCCACCUCAGCUGCGGCUGGUUCAGCUCCGCCCGCCUCGUCAACCCCCUUAUCUUCAAGCGCCUCCGCUUUGACGACUGCCUCGUCAACGACGGCAAACCCUUAAUCUCCGGCCGCACCCUUUCCUUCCAAUACGCCAACACCUUCCGCUAUCCGCUCUCUGUCUCGUCCGUCGUCUGCUGAAACAUAUAUAUGAACAAGGCCGAGAAUUCCGACAAUCAUAUAAAGCUCUGAAGCAGGUUUCUGUUUUUGUUUUUUCUUCUUUUUUUGAUUGUUCUGCUUUGUUGCUUUAUAUGUUUGUUUCCAUUUACUGUAGUUGAUAGAGCCUGUAAGCCCAGUAAAUUUUUUGUCUCUGAUUCAUGUUCCAACACAUGGAUGUGGAGAGAGAGAGAGAGCACUAGGUACAGCGUGAGUCGGUGAUUGUAGAUAAGAGAAUGAAAGGGGGGUUAUAUUUCUGUUAGCAUAUGUGAGGUUGAAACUAUGGUAAAGGAGUACCUUUCUUUGGGUCUUGGAUACGAAUUUAUAUGGUGAAUGUGUGAAUGCUCUGUAAAAAAUAUGAUUCAGAUCCA